AUGUCUGCUAUGACAGGCCCGAGGCAUUCACCUUCAUCUCCAUGGCCUCAAGAGUCACCCAACCAUCAAGUUGCCAAUGCCUCGACCCCAGCGUCCCUACUGCCAAAACGAGAUCCGAAUUCGUCUCCCCACAAUUCGAAUCCCCAUCCACAUCUUACGCCUGAGCUCUCGAGCCCGAAUUAUUUUGCUAUAAAUGUCGAAAAUUCCAACAGCUUUUCAAACCCGAAACAAGGGAUUCAUGCUAAACUAAACUGGGAUACUCUCGCAUCCAAUCAAACAUCUACUUCUAGUCCAAGACCGCAGGUGCUAUCCCAGAAGACUGUGCUUGAAGGAUAUAUGGAUCUUCCGAAAAAACAACCUGGGAGUGAUGAGCAUAAGGGCUCAGUAACCCACGCCCUGCCCUGGAAUUGCGAAUCUCAAAGACUUGCUGAACAAAAAUCCUCGCACCCCCUUCAUCUGGGCCAAAAAUUUCUUCCCAACAGCAAGAGGAAUUCCUUAACGGGGGAGAACACAGAUAGUCGCCCACAGUCAUUCAGCUUGUUGCCGCAGAAUUCAUCACACCCAAUACCCAAUCAGCCUUCUCAAGGACUUCAGGAGGGGCUACAAGAUCGCAAGUCAUUUCUCUCAGGUCACCCCUCUCACUAUGCGGCUCCGAAGUUUGGUUCCCAUGAGCCUCCUGCGACUUCGGGACAGAUGACGCCUCAAAAUAAUAGCGCUGUUUCAAUUGAACGCUGCGCGGAGUUACUUAAAUCAGUGCAGCAUGAUGUCAUGCUCCUGGAUGUGCGGCCUUAUGCACAUUUUGCACAGGCUAAUAUAACAGGAGCGUUGAAUCUUUGCAUCCCAACAACUCUACUCAAGCGUCCAUCCUUUAACGUACAAAAGCUUGGAAACACAUUCACAGAUGAAGCCGAUAAAAGAAGUUUUGCGAGAUGGAAACAUUGCCGCUAUAUUGUUGUUUACGAUGCCACCACGGUCGAUAUGAAAGACGCAGCACCGCUCCUGAACGUAUUAAAGAAAUUUACAGCCGAGGGAUGGAGUGGUGAUGGAUCAUUUCUUCGUGGUGGUUUUAAGGCUUUUUUGAACCGCUUCCCAAAUCUAGUGAAACAGCAAGGGCCGCAGAUGGCUGGUUCGUCUCCGAAGAAGCCAACUUCAAUGCAUAUUAGCCUUCCGUCGGUCGCUCCAAUUGCUGGGGGUUGUGCCUUGCCAGAAUCAUCUUCUGCUACCAUUCCUUUUUUUGGAAACAUCCGUCAGCAUAUGGAUCUUGUAGGCGGUGUCGGACAAAUGCCUCUCCAAGUCCCAGAACAAUUAACGGAAUCGAGGAGGCAGCGCCUUCCUCUUUGGCUACGUGAAGCGUCAGACCCCUAUGAUAAAGGGCGAAAUGUCUCUGAGAAGUUUUUGGGUCUUGAAAAGACAGAGCUAGAGCGUAUGAAGCAAGCUUUAUCAUAUGACAAAUAUGCCGAUAAUACUUCGACCAAGAAAUUCCGCGUCGCAGGAAUUGAAAAAGGCACGAAAAAUAGAUACAAUGAUAUCUAUCCGUUUGAUCAUUCCCGAGUCCGGCUAAAGGGGGUGCCCCAUGGCGACUGCGAUUAUGUGAAUGGAAACCACAUGAAGGCUGAGUAUAGCAAUAAAACAUACAUAGCUACACAAGCUCCUGUUCCUGACACUUUCAAUGAUUUCUGGCGCGUUGUUUGGGAGCAAGACGUCAGGCUUAUCAUUUCCCUCACCGCUGAAGUUGAAAGAGGACAAGUCAAGUGUAAUCCUUAUUGGGAAUCAGGAAAUUAUGGACAUCUUCAGGUCAAAAACUUUUCUCAAAGACAUAUAUAUAUGAACUCGCCGGGUUCAAAACAGCACAGCCCCGAUCUUAGCAUGCCAGCUCUGGAUGCGGAGAAGUUUUCUGAUGAGCGUACAAAUGAGACCUCAGAAAACCCAUGCAUCAUUCAACUAUUUCGAAUACUCAUGGAACGCUCGUCCAAGCAAUUAUACGGGGCCCAAUUCCGUGCCAACUGCAAGACUUUUCGUUUCGAGACAGAGGCGAUUGAAGUUCGAGCUUCUUCUCUUGCACUUUCUGGUGACUUGAAACUCGUACUUGUUGUCCGAGGCCAACCCAAAGUUCAUCUCUUCCAUAUCGAUGACCAAGAAAUUUCCUAUAAUGGCACACUGAAAUCACCGUGGACUCAUACAGGAGCAGUAGAAGUGCUCAAGACGACUUUUGAUGGAGAUGGCGGUAUUUACACUCUUCAACGUUUUAGGCCUACGAUAGACGAAGAUGAUCCAGCCGCGGAGCACCCAUUCGUCAAGCAUGCCUUGCAAUCGAGUCCGAGUGGAAUGAUUUAUCUUGUUCAUCAUGAGCCUAAGAAUCCGCAUGGCAGAGUUCGGAUGUGUGCUUUCCCAGACCACGUCGACUACGAACCUUUGGCUUUUGCUGUUGCUGAUCAAGGGACCUUUGCGGUUUCCUGGCAGCAUGUCCGUGAGAGCAGCGAAAACGAGAUUAUUCUAUACACAUUACUUCCGGAGUCAAGUGAAGAUGCAUCAGGAAUAGUCGCAAGAUUAUCCAACAGUCACUUUCACUACGAUAAGGGGCCCAUUACAGACCUUACUUUCAAUGACAGAUCAAGCCAGUUGCUCUAUCACUAUCGAGCGCAGGCACUGUAUGGGUCUUUCCAGAGGCUUAAUACAUCAUCUUUCUCGACCAAACCAAAGUUUCACGAGAAUUCGUGCAUGGUGCAAUUCUCGGACUCCUUGAGUCUUCUUUUCUCAAUUGCGAUCCCUUUCUUUGGGAACCAUGAGACAUGUUUACAUAAUGGCCAUCGGAUGUGCCAUUGGCAGUAUCUCACUCUUGGAAUAGCAACACACCGAGAAGAAAAUUGGACUGUGGCAUGUUUAUUGAAAUCCGAAGCUCUUUGUCGAGCUCGCAACUGUGGUCAUGUUUUAAACCUUGAACGUGGGCGACGGUUUUCCGACUGGAAGAUAGUCGCGCGGCUUUGGGGAUUUCAGGACCCGGUAAACUCACUUGGUAGUCUCGUCGCAUUUUCUAACCGGGGAACCCGUAUUGCUGUCGCCAAUUGGAAUGUCAUUUAUGUUUGGGCCCUGGAACCAGAGGCACUAAUUGAAGAAAACGCAAAUGGUUUCUACCCCCUGAAUUUUCGCUCGUCAAGUUCGGGGAUGAUCGAGUUGCGACCCAUUGUUCUCCAAGUGGGCGCCGUGUGCUUCAAGCUACGGUUUAUGAACGGAGAGGAUAAGCUGGUGGUGAUUACAGAUCGCGGGGUGAUGUCCUGGGAUCUUGGCCCACUGGGCAAAGGGGAACGAACCAUUCAUCAAUUGGCCAUUUGA